AUGGAAAUUAAUAUUAAUGUGGGGACAUAUGAUGGCAAAUUGUUAGGUUUUUCUUUAAAUGAUUAAUUCUCAUCUAAUAAUACUUUAUAUUCAUUUCCAGCAUCAACAGUACAAUUAAUUUAUGAUUUGAGUCCUUAAUAAAAGCAAUUUAUUAGAAUGGAAGAUAUUUAUUUAUUGGAGGUUCUGAAGAGUUGGUAAAGGUGUAUGAUGUAAGGAGAAGAGUUGAACUCACUUUAUUAGAAUAACAUAAUGGAACAAUAUCAUAGAUAGCUGGUCAUUCUAAUUUUCUAUUCACUUCAGCUGAGGAUGGAAAAGUGAAUUUAUGGAGAAAUAAAUAAUGGGCUAUUUUGAAUACAUUUUAAUGUGGAAAUCCUGUAAUAUGUAUUGCAAUACAUGAAUCAGGGAAGAUUAUGGCAUGUGCAACAAAGGAUUAAAAAUUACAUCUCUAUAAUUUGAUGAAUUUAAAAAGAAUAGCUUUGAAGAAAUUUCAUUUUAGUAUUUAUUUUAUAUAUCAAUAGAUAUUGAUAAGAUACAUUUUAUUUCAAAGGAAAACGAAAUCCAAUAUUUAUUAUUUCAAUCAGAUAGAAAAUGUUAUAUAGUUGAUUGCGAUACAAAUAAGGUUGCUCAUACAAUUGAUUUAACUGUCUAAAUAACAGAUUCUAUUUUAAAUUAAGAGUCAUUAAUUCUUUCAGGUAUUUAAUAAAUAUAUUGAAGAUGCAAAUGGAAUUAUUUACAUGAUAAAAUUGACAGUUGAAAAUUAAGUUUAAAGUAAGAUUAUAGUUAAAUUUAUUGCUCAUCAGAAAAGGAUCAAACAAUUAUAAUUAUUUGAUUUGAAUGAUUAAACAUAUUUAGCAUCUAUUUCAUCUGAUGGAGAUAUAAAAAUAUGGGAUUGUUUAUUAUAUGCCAAUGAAUAAUACGAUGAUAUUGAUCUAAAAAAUAAAUUAAAACCAAUUUAUAUCAUAAGAACAAAUUAAAGAUUAACUUGUUUUUGUGUUAGUAUUGUAUAGAAAAGAGAGAAUGAAGAAAAUUAACAAUAGAUAUAAGUUUAAAAACCUUCUGUGCUUCCUAUUGCUAAAUAGAUAAAAAAACAGUUGAUUAAUAAGAAACCUAAAUAAUUUCAUUAGAAAGUAUAAACAUAGAAGAUUUAAAAAAAUAUUCAAAAGAAAAAGUCCAACCUUUGA